CUGUGCUAAUCCCUCUAAUGAGAGCUUCUCCCAACCUCUAUAUAAACCCUGCUCAAAGCUGUGGCUGCUGGGCUGGCAUCACACAUCCAAAGCAUCUAUCUUUUGAACUGCAUUCAAGACAAUUUGAGACCAGGAUUAAACAAACACCCAACAGCAGCAUCCUCAGCAGUGAGAGGGAUUACCCCAGUUGCCUGGGGCAUGGAGCCACGUGAAGGACAGAUUGUCCCACAGCGGCGAUUUCCCUGCUCCACUCACUCAGGUCCAGCAGAGAGGCAGAACCUGCACCCAGCCAUAAUGGGCACCCUGAGGUGGCUCUUCUGGGCUGGGCUGGGCUACCUGGGUUGCUGCUGUCUUCCCAGGGUUCAGGCACAGUUCCCCCGUGCCUGCAUGACAGUGGAUGCCCUUCGCUCGAAGCGCUGCUGCCCAGCCUUGGGGACAGACCCAGACAACAUCUGUGGGUCCCUGCAGGGCCGGGGAUGGUGUCAGGGCGUGCAGGCAGACACUCAGCCCUGGAGUGGGCCCUACACCCUUCGAAAUGUGGAUGAUCGGGAACGAUGGCCCCUCAACUUCUUCAACCAGAGCUGUCAGUGCACAGGAAACUUUGCUGGCUAUAACUGUGGUGACUGUAAGUUCGGCUGGACUGGCCCCGAAUGCAACAUGGAGAAGCCAGCAGUUGUCAGGAAGGAUAUCCACUCUCUGACGCCAGAGGAGAGAGAUCAGUUCUUCAACGCUCUAGACCGUGCAAAGACAACCAUUCACCCAGACUAUGUAAUUGCAACUCAGCACUGGAGAAGCCUGCUUGGUCCCACAGGAGAGGAACCACAAAUUGCCAACUGUAGUAUUUAUAACUACUUUGUUUGGCUUCAUUACUACUCAGUCAGAGACACACUAUUAGGACCUGGCCACCCGUUCACAGGUAUCGAUUUCUCCCACCAAGGACCUGCCUUUGUUACCUGGCAUAGGUACCAUUUGCUGUUGCUGGAGAGAGAUCUGCAGCGGCUGAUAGGCAACGACUCCUUUGCGCUGCCUUACUGGAACUUUGCCACGGGUAGAAAUGAGUGUGACAUCUGCACGGAUCAGCUCUUCGGAGCACCGCGGCCAGAUGACCUGGGGCUGAUCAGCCUGAACUCCAGGUUCUCCCAGUGGCAAAUAGUUUGUAACAGCUUGGAUGAUUACAACCGCCUGGUCACACUGUGUAAUGGGAGUGAUGAAGGGCCGCUGCGGCGAAGGCCGCAUGGGAGCUCCAGCAAGCAGCUACCCACUGCAGAGGAUGUCAGGAGGUGCCUUUCCCUGCAGGAGUUUGACAGCCCCCCCUUUUUCCGCAAUUCCAAUUUCAGUUUCAGGAAUGCACUAGAAGGCUUCGAUAAACCAAGUGGAGCCCUUAACUCGCCAAUGCUGAGCCUUCAUAAUUUGGUUCACUCUUUCUUGAAUGGGACCAGCGUUCUCCCUCACGCAGCUGCCAAUGAUCCCAUCUUUGUGGUUCUUCACUCCUUUACUGAUGCCAUCUUUGAUGAGUGGAUGAAACGGUUUAACCCCCCUGACAAUGCCUGGCCUGAGCAGCUGGCCCCCAUCGGUCACAACAGACUCUACAACAUGGUCCCUUUUUUCCCUCCUGUGACCAACAAUGAGCUCUUCCAAACUGCGGAGCAGCUUGGCUACACCUAUGCCAUUGAAUUGCCAGGUUCCUUUGAAGAAACUCAAGUGCGGGCUGUCAUGGUUGGAUCCACAAUUGGAGGAGCACUUAUAGCUCUGGCCGUGCUUGUUCUGUUGCUUGUAUUUUUCCAGCACCGAAGGCAGAGAAGAGGUUUUCAGCCACUGAUGAAUGUGAGCUUCAGCCCCAAAAAGUACAUGGAAGAGGCCUAGAGCCCUUGCUCGGUUUCUCUGCUUAUUCUUGUAGAAACUGACCUUGAUUGCCUCAUUGAGAGUUUAUCACAUACUCCUUUGGCAGCUGACUGCAUUGUUCUCAUUUAGGUUUUCUUGUUAUCUUGUGAACUGUAAUAAAUGAAGUCUCUGGGUGAAAGGCCCAAGACAGGACAGACUUAUUACCAUAUGUUAUCUGGACUAUGUGACACUUGUAAGUCAUCCUCUAUAGAUUUAGAUCGAGACAGGUAAGAAUACAAAUAGAAGAAAACCAACUUGAAUAACCAAGAUAAUUUUUCACCUCAAUGUGUUUUUGAUUUCAUUUAGCAGCCCUAAGAUUGCUUAAAAUUAUGAAUUCUACAUAUAUAUUUGAUUAACAUAUUAUUUUACAGUUAUCAAUAAAUAUGCUGAAUAACAUAGUCUUUUUUUAAGGUUCAGAAUGUUUCAUGCUGUCUGACAAAAUACACUAGGAACUCCCCUGGUUGCAGUUUAUUUCAGAACCAUGAUCAACUCUGUGUGUUAUCCCCAAUCAGGAUGAUGUUAGACAUAGACAAACCUCCAAUAUUCCGAAAAUUUUAGAGCAGAAGUUCUCUAUCAGCUAGGUAUACACUUGUGUUUUACCCCUAAUGUUAAGGACCUCUGACAGAGUUGAAAAUGUUGCUCAUCCUUCUCUAUUUUGGCUCUGCUGAACUGUUCAUUAAUCUAGACUUAAAUUUCCCAAGUCCGGAACCCAGGGCUCAAGGUACCAAGGCUAAGAUAGCUCACAUUACCUAGUCUGCAGGUAGUGAAUCAGGUUUUUGGCUAUGGCACUCCCUAGACCCCAUCAUAAACAUUCUUUUAUACAUUCCCUGUGUAUUCCUUUAUUUAGCCAUAGAUUUGGACCACAUUUAGGUAGCUUUCCUAUGUUACCUUGAGACAGGGUUUUUACACAGCAGAUGAAGUCCUGAAGAGAUUGUGUCAGCUUUGGUGCUUAAUAUGUUAUAUUAAAUGAGUCUCAGAUUUUGCAUUUUGUUAGGUCCUGGUUCUUAUAAAAAAUCUGCUAUUGUAGCCUUG